GGAACUUUGGAGUGAAAUCCGUCAAGGUGAAUGAAUGGAAACUGAACCAAAUCCAAUGCCCAAAAGUUGCGUUUUCCUCAAGUGAUUGCCGGCUCGCUUCAGUCAAUCACCAAUUACCCCCCAAGUUCACGACAACUUAAUUCGUUGAAUAACAUCAACCCGCUACACUCGGCCGUCUUAUCACCACUCAAACAUACCCAAACAUUUCCUGUACUCGACACAGAAUGCCUGCCCCAGUUUACAUCAUCUCCCGGGUUGCGGAUCCCAUCUUUGCCGUCUUCAUCGGCGUUUCCGCUGCGGCUUUGAGAAUUAACCGCGAGGAGAAGGAGAAAGGCCGCACCACCCAGGAGAUCUUUCAGAUUGCUCGUCGGCGCCUUGGUCUCACCUCUACUGCCAAGAGCUCGUGAGCUGGUACUAUCUGAUCAUGUCAACAUGAUGCAGUCACUUGCUACCGAGAAACAGACGGUUGCGGCCAUGGUCGCGCCUUGCUUUUCGUAAAAUUUCUCAUCACCAUUAUCCUACAGAAACAGCUCUCUUUAAUUGUACAGCAUCGCCAGUUCCUUGACCCUCAUGCCGAAUAGGCCGGCCCGUACUCUUUCUUUAACGCCUCCCGGACCAUCUGUCCACACAGCUUGGCUGUUGGGUUUGUGCUCACAGCGAGUGCUUUCGCGAUUUCGUUGCCAUAUCUGCCACCCAUAGCAAAGUCCCUCGAGGCAUUCUCCUCGAAAUCCAGCUUGUUCCAGCUUCCUUCUCGUCGACCCUGUGGUACAGCUAGGGUGUUGGAUUCCAUCAACUUGGACGUCAUAUGAUAGAUGGCGGCUCUCUGGGUGUGUGCACUGGAAAGCGUCCUAACCACAUUCUGGGACAACCUGGUCUGGGGCGUGGCAGGGGUCAGGAGCGAGAUGGCGCGAUCAAGGUCAGAUAGAGCAGUCUCAGCCAUCUGCAGUCGCUCGGCGUCAUCGAUAUUCCGAAUCAGUGCUUGGUGAAGCUGCUGGGAGCCCGAGAUCAACAUCGAAUCGCCAACUAGCCGUCUAAUCGCCUGCGCCCUGUUGUUGCGGGCACUCGCGUACUCUGGGUAUUCUUGGAUGAGGCUUCCCAGCUGGGUGACACAGUUGCGAUAGCCUUGAAUAGUCUUAUUCACGUCGGUCGUUCCAUGCGCUGCAGGCUUUGCAUUUGCGAGCUCGAGUUGCUGGAUGGAGAGGAUGAUGUUGCGCUCUAGUUGGGCGACCUUGUCAUAUACGGCCUGGUCUUUGAAGUUGGGGUCUUUUGGCAGGCUAGUGUCGACUUGCACUAUCCGGGCGGGAUCGUACUCUGGGUCCUGGAUUUUCUCGAGGACGUUGAGAUCUCGUGUGCUCAAUGAGACGUAAGCCAUGACGAUGGCUUGCCGUGGUGUAUUAUAUGGUUCAACGUCUAGAGCUGUGCUUGUGUAGGGAGCGAAACGUCAAUGUUGGCAGCUGAAGUCCAGAAACUUUUGGUGGUAGCUGGGCAAGAGAAUGUUCGAAAUAAUGUCAAUGACCAGACCCAAGACUGAUAAGCAAGAAGUUGUACCCUUUUUGUGAUGGGAAGGAAGAAAAAGGAUGUCGAGAUGACGAAGAUACGAUGUUUGGAAUACAAGGGUCACGAUGGAUCUUAGGACCAAUCAUCAACUUCCCCAAUUCAAGGCAUCGGCUUUCCAAAAGGCUAACCUAUCUACGGCCAAUGGAGUGCGGAAGGCACAAGGUUUUUGUGCACUGUGGCUCGGGACAAUGAGCGUCACGGGGAUCGCAUCUUGUCUAGGAUUUUCAUGAUGGACCUUUCCACAAGUUCUUCGGCGCGGCGUAUCUGCAACAGAUGCAUUGUUUGGGCAGACAAAAGGGGUUGGAGAGGGUUGGUGAAGC